UCAACGGUCCGAGCUCAGUUCACCUCGGUACGUCGAAAGCGCGUGUCUGGUACCGCCGGAGGAAGAGGGAGAGAGAAGUAGCGAGAGUGCGCGUGCGUUGUCAAUCUUAUUUAAAUGCGUACGGUACGCGUGCGAGAUAAACUAGCGAGAGCAUAUUUCUACACGCGACUAUUUGCCCCAUCGACGACUCACGGGAGGCGGUUGUAAUAGUUGUAAUCGUGGUAACGGUAAGAAGAGAACCAGUGUCGUGAUCAUCGAUCACCCUCUUCCGUCAGAAGAUAACUAGUCAUUCACCGUUGACAGUCGUCAUGAAGAGCAUUGUGCAGGUCGCAGCUCUGUUUACCCUCCUCUUCAUCGCUCCUGGUGGAUGCAGGCCAGAAACAGGAGAUGCGUAUCUCGACGACGCCGAUUACGCAGAUGAAACAAACUCGCAACCCGAUCCUGAACCUUCGGAAUCUUCGGAGAUCCUCACGAGACCUCUAGCGCUGCGAGUGCACGUAGGCGACACAGUGAUCCUGCCUUGCAACGUGUCAAACUCGGAAAACGUUGUGAUCUCGUGGUACAAGGACGGCGAUGUCAUUUACUUUGGUGAUUAUUCGUACACGGCAGAACCACAUCGGAUCAAGCUAGAAGGAAACGGCAGCUUGGUCGUAAACGACUUCAAACAGAGCGACGAGUCCGACAAUUACAAAUGCACCAUCACCGGUACAAAUCAGGAAAUAAGUCACUCAGUUCGUAUCUACGUUCCUCCUGCAACUCCUACAACUGCCGCCACUCACACCGGAAAAUUAAUCGUUAAGCCCGGCGAAUACACCGUAGUCCAGCGGCCUAACACGAACGUCACCCUCUCCUGUUUCGCCGACUGGGAGCCGAAGCCAAAACUGAUCACGUGGUCCUUCCAGGGUAAAAGGUUAACCAGCGACGAGUUCCCGCAGGACGGAAGUAACUACACCGUCCGCAACGUUGCCAUGGAAACUAUCGGACUUUACCAGUGCCUCGCGGGCAACAAAGUCGGAAAGAUCAACGUCUUGAUUAAGCAUGCUCCCAGGAUCGACGUGGAGCACAAACGCAUUCAUGCGGCGGUAGGAACUGAAUCGGAGAUAAAGUGCACCGUCCACGCCUAUCCCAUGGCCGAGGUUGUCUGGAUAAGAAAUGGAAUGAAAAUCACGAACGGCAAGAAUAAAAGCCGUAUACCGAUAAGCGCUCUAGAGGCUAACUACACCCUCGCAAUCAGCCGCACUAUGGAGGAUGACUUCGGAAAUUACACGUGCCGAGCGACAAACAAGAUGGGGACCGCGAAUGCGACCGUCGAACUUACAGGUACCCCCGCAGAGGCUAAGUUCAGCGGACUCGACAGCGCACCCGAUAAGGUUACUCCGAUCCUUAAGUGGAUCGUCAACAGCCAUGCCCCGAUCCUGGAGUACGAACUCAAUUAUCGUCAGCGAGGUGAAGAUACGUGGAAAACCGUUAUACCAAAGGUCACCGAAGCAGCCGCGGGCACUCCAUACAUCCUCGAGUACCCCUUGGAAGGUGUUGAACAGGGUUCGUACGAAACUGUACUCUACGCUCGGAACCAAUACGGAUGGUCACCCCGCGAUUCAAAGAUUCACGAAUUUUGGAGUGAUUAUUAUCAGAGCCAAGAUUUACCGGCAAGUGGAGAGUCAGUAUCAGGUGGUGAAACGGCGAGUCACCAAUUCCUCGUCUUUUCGAGAUUGCUAAUCUUAGCUGCUUCACUCCACGUCUAUACCACGUAUCUUUAACCUACUCGGUGUAUCGAACGACGUAGGUAAAUUGCUACAGCCAAAGCGUAUACACCGUAUACACCGGUCGCCAAACUCGCCUGGUGGAUAUAUGUAUAGUAUAUAUGCGUAUCUACCGCACAGCCUCUCAGAAGACAACGUUGAUUACCGUAGGUUUUUUGUUGGUUAUUAUACGUAUACGUAUACAUACAAAUAAUUUUUAUACUCGCUCUUCCUUCGUUCCAAAUCUUUUCGUUUGAAUAUUUAUACAAUAUAUAUAUAUAUAUAUAUAUAUAUAUAUAUAUAUAUAUAUAUAUAUAUAUAUAUAUAUGUGAUAUAUAUCUAACAUAAUGCAAAAUAAAAAACCUCGGGCU